GCCACAUCAGCAGCAUCUGCGGAUUGCACCUUCCUCGCUCGAGAAUCUCUCGGCACGCUUCAACUCCCAGCUAGUCGCAAAUUCCUGCGUAGACUAGCAUCAUCCGACAAUACCUCUUCUUCCAACAUACACCACCACCAACAUGGCUGAACAAGUCGACCUCACCACCAUCCCCAUCGACAACCCCGAUGGAGAGAAGAACGACUCUGGCGCGCCUGCCGCCGACGACAAGGUCGUGACUGUUUUCCACGACAAGGACAACUUCAACGUCAAGCACCCGCUGCAGAACAAGUGGACUCUGUGGUUCACGAAGCCGUCGACAGGAAAGGGCGAUAACUGGAACGAUCUUCUCAAGGAAGUCAUCACCUUUAACUCAGUUGAGGAGUUCUGGGGCAUUUAUAACAACAUUGCCGGAGUAUCCGAUCUCGCCCUCAAGUCAGAUUACCACCUCUUCAAGGAGGGCGUACGGCCAGAAUGGGAGGACCCCCAAAACAAGCACGGUGGCAAGUGGUCCUACAGCUUCAAGGAGAAGCGCAACGUCGACAUAAACGAGAUUUGGUUGCACACAAUGCUCGGCGCUGUCGGCGAGACCCUCGAGGACGAGGAUGACGGAGAGGUCAUGGGCGUUGUUGUCAACGUCCGCAAGGCCUUCUUCCGUGUCGGCGUGUGGACUCGCACCAUCGGCAAGGCCAUUCCGGGCCGUGGCGACGGUGACGUCGCUGGUGGCAAGGGCCGGCCGCAGGCCAAGGGCCAGGAGAUUCUGAUGAACAUUGGCAGAAGAUUCAAGGAGAUCCUGCAGCUGCCUCCCAGCGAGGCUGUCGAGUUCUCUGGACACACCGACUCUGCGCACAGCGGAAGCACGAGAGCCAAGGCGAAGUUCACCGUCUAAGAUUGCAAUAGCUGCAAGAGCAUGUGGCCCGAAUGGAGCUGGGG